AUGGCCCGCUCCCCGGCCCCAGCGCCAUCCCGGCCCCGCUCCCCGUCUGCAUUCCCGUUCCGUCCCGUCCCUAUUCCACCAUCCCCAUCCCGCGUCCCCAUCCCGGCCCCAUCCCGGCUCCCGCCGCAGACAGGGCCCCGCCAGGGCCCGGCCGCCGCGUGUGUCCCCCCGCGACAAGGACUCCCAAAACAUGCCCUGAGGCAUCACCCCCUGCCAGAGCCAGGAGUUCAGGUGUGCUCAGCCACAGCCAGGGCUGAAAACCACGGCCACGUCUCCAGGGAGUCAGAAAUCCGGAGGGAAUCAGCUGAUCAUGGGAAUCCAGGGACUGCCAGUGAGAGCUGUGCCGACACCUCCACUGAGGACAGCUCAGUCUUCUCUUGGGGCUAUGAUGAAUUUGAUAAAGCUGCCACACAACAAGUUCAGGAGAUGUUCAGGCAAAUUGAUGAGCUUCUCUAUGAGCAGAAGGAAAAUGUGCAUGUGGAGGGACUGUGGGAGGAAUGCCAGCAGUGGACAUCCAGCUUUCCUCAUCUCAGGGUUGUGGGGAGGCAGGUGGUGGUGCCCACGGAUGAAGGGUAUGGAUGGUUCUGCAGUUCCCCUGCGGGCAGCUGGGCUCCCUCAGGUGUAAGUUCACCUCCAGAGCAGGAUGCUGAUGAAUUUAGUGUUUUUGGCAAGAAGGUCCCUCUUUUUGUUACUCCUGUUCACAAAAAGGCCGACCCUUCCAAGUCUCCGACCUUGUGUUCCUCAGAGAGUGACGAAGGGGAAGAGGAAAUAAUUCUCUCCGAAGGCAUAGUGGAGGAAUAUUUGGCAUUUGACUGCAGAGAUGUGGAGGAGGAGCUGCACGAGAGGAAAAGGGGCCUGUCCUCUGGCAGACAGAAACUGGGCUUUCCUCCUGUCUCCCCAUAUUCCUGCACCAGGGAUUCCGUGCUCACCUUCGUGUUUGAUGAUGUGUGGAGUGAAGUCCUGGGCUGCAUGGAGGAGCUGAUCUGCAGGCACUGGGAAGGGUCAGCCUCUGAUGAUGAGAAAAAUAUCAUAACAGUGGAAACACUCAGGGCAGGUGCCAGAAGCCCUUUGCAGCUCGAUCCUCUGCCAGCCUUGUUACCUCGUGUGCCACACCCGAAAAUGCCCUCGGUGACCUCAAAUCUGUGCCCAAAACCCAGAUGUGGCUGCAAAAGCAAAAAGAGAAGAAAAACACCUCAAGUCAGUCUCUCUCAAGGGUCAAGUAGUGGCUCUCAGCAUAAUCUGAAUGGCUUGAUGGUGAUCCAUGGGAUCCAGUUACACCAAAGGAACCUGCCUGUAGUGGAAAAAACACUGGACCUGGAUGACAGACGGCCGGGUUCCAGCUCCAUCCUCUCCAUCAGAACGUGGCCAAACCGUGCUCUGGAGCUCAGCACAUCCUCCCUGUCCCGCUCCACGAGGAGGAGGAACCCCCCGCCCCGGACCCUGCACCCCAUCUCGGGCAGCCAGCCCCGCCCCGGGACCCCGCGCUCCGGGGACGCGGCACGGCUUCUGAGUGCACAGGAGCAGCUGACCUCCCCCUCCCCAGUGCUGCUGAACCGAAAUCACCCCCUGCCCCCAAUUGCCACCUCCAGCGUGGCAGAGCGUGGGAGCACCACAGGAUCCCAGAGGCAAAUGAAACCUCGAGGGAGCUCGAGUCGUGCUCACAGUGUAACGACACAAGAAGAUGCUCACCAGCAGCUCCAGGAGCAGCUCCUCCUGCCUGAUCCUUUCUCCAGGCCUAACACAACCAACACAUCCUUGCCAGAUUCCCAGCGCCGCCGUUCCUGCACCGUUCUGGAUCACAGUAAUCAGUCCUGGACAGGCAGAGCAGCAGCAGGUUCAGGUCUCCUCCCACGUGGUUCUGUGAAAGGCCACAGCCGAAGUGGAUCAGGCACAAAAAGCAAACAGGGGUUCUGAGGUGCCAUGGAGAAGUGUCCAAUCCAUCCAUCCAUCGUCCAUCAGCCCAUCUCUGGAGAGUCAUGAACCACCUCUCAUUCCCAGCAAGGUCAACGUUGUUUACAGAGAGUUUUCAAACACCCUUCCUCACAAAUAGUUAUUUUUAUAUAAACCUGAGCAGCAGCUGCCAAAGAUUAGAAGGGGUACACUUAAACAUUCCAUUUUCUACCAGUAGAGAAAGUGAUACUCCAGUGGAAGGGUGAAGAUCUCCAGGAAAGCCUAACUCCUAGGAAAUCCAGCAAACACUCAGUCACUGCUGUGUUCCUGUGAGGUCCGUGAUGGGUUCAUGUCCUUACAAGGCAGGUACUGCAGAACCUGCUCAUUUUUCCAUUAGCUCCACAGAAGGUUGCCCAGGCCUUCCACAGAAGUAGUAAUGUAAAUGUUUUUAAGCUGUAUUUAUAUAUUCAAAUAUGUUUAAAGCAAUAUUGUACUAGGAAAAGCAAGCACUGCACUCGAUUCUGCUUCUACAACUCAGCUUAGGCAAGUGCUGGAUCCUGCAGUAGUUGCAGCAGGUAUCUGGACACAGGUGUGUAGCACUAAGGUAGCCAAGCAGGUGAACUGACAGCUCCACAGGUAGCAACCACUGCCUCUUCCCGAGUUAUUUAACCUUACACCUCUUCCUCAGUGACUGAAGAAGGGUUAGCAGCCAACAAGAAGCCUCUAACUACAAGUAGUUUCACACACUACUGCAAGAAAAUACACUUGUCUUCCUGGUGAGAUAUUUUAUGGUGAUUUCAGAGAAUGGCUCAGUCUCUCCCUUUCUAAAAUACCUGUAAUUACACAAGAUUUCUGCUCUCCCCAAGCCACAGAUGCAAUGGAGCUUUUAGCAGCUGUGUCUGCACCGUGUGACAGACCUGGAGGAGGUGUUUGCUGCAGCUGCCCUUGUGGCCCCAGAUAAGACAAAAACCCCCAUGAAAUACAGGCUUCUCAAAAUAAGCAGUUAGUUGAAGGUCUUACUCCCAAACAGACUAAAGUGUAAAAACAGGGUGAGGAUAAUCACUGGCUGUACUCAAACAAACUCAGGACACUGCACAAAAACAGUUGUGUUCCUUUCUAAUCCUAUUAAAGAGCUCUUCUUUUCCUAAUUUCCUUAUUAUUCUUCAAAUUACUGUUCAUAAUGGACAAAAACUUGUCAGUGUUCUUUAAGAAGUAUCUCCCCUAUCUCCCCACUCCAAUUUAUGUUACCUACAGAGCAGCUAAUAAUUUUUAAUCAAUAUUGAAGAUCUUGAGUCCAGUUGAUCCAAGCAUGCUUUCAUCAAAAACAGGGAACUGUGCAAAUGUAACUGGGUUAACUUGCCUUUGCAUUUCCAGAAGGUAAAAAAAAAAAAAAAGAGCAGCUCUGAUCUCAAUCUAAACCUCUCAAAUUUGCAGAGAGAGAACCUGAUGCUAACCAGAGGCCUCUACUCACCAAACCAUUUCAAAAUACAAUUUCUCUUAACACUUGGGACUGCUGGAAUAUUGUACAGUGUGUCAGUUCUGUCAGGCAAACUGCAGAUAAGCAUCCCAUUUGUAUCCAUGCCAUUCCUCAGGGACAAAGUGAGUUUUCUGUAGCACAAGAGUUACAAAACCAGACAAAUAAACUUGAAUAGACUGCUGGUAACAUAAUGUAGUGUUUUAUAGCCUAGAGGAGUCAGUGUGUUUAAAUGAAAAAGCAAAGCAGUCUCCUCCUAAGGCCCAUCUCGUGUUUUCUGUACAGAUGGUUGACACCAGAGACUGAUCCUGGGCUGUUAUUUAUUUAUUCUGUGUAACAAAAGUAACCUUUAAGCCCUGUGUUAUCCAACACAAUGAUAUGCUGUACUCUCUCAGAAUCAGGGUAAUUUUUUAGGAGCAGGCAAGUAAAGGGGAACAGAGUGACCCUCUACCUCUGGCUUCCCCCCAGGAAGCUCCCUGAAUGCUGGUGUUGAAGCAAUGAGGGCCUUCAAAGUGCUCACCUCGUGGCUCCUGAGCCUUUGAGAAAUGAUCCUGCAAAUGGAAGUGUGCAGGAUUUACUUGACUGAAAUCAGGAGAAUCAACACAAUCAGUUUGUUUGGAACAGCUACUUAGAAAACAAGCAGAGAGAACUGGGGAAGCAACAGCACAGAACUCUGCAAA